AUGGAUGGGCCGCAGACUAACAAGGCGUUCCGUGUGAAGAAGUCUGGCGCCAAGGUCAAGCGGAAGGAGGCUAAGGUUGAGCGGCAUAACCCUAAAGCUUUUAGUUUCUCUGGUGGUCAUGUAUCAGUGCAGAGGCGAGUUCAGCGUUCUGCGGAAAUAACGGAGAAGAGACUGAAGGUAUCAUUUGCGAAAGAUAAGUCGUCGUGGUUGAGUAAUGCACCACCUUAUGUCGUGGUGGUCCAUGGUCCUCCGGGUUGUGGUAAGACGACAUUGAUAAAGUCUUUGGUGAAGCAUUAUACCCGCAGGACCAUCAGUGUGGUUGGUGGUCCUAUCACGUUGGUGAGUAGCAAGAGUCGGCGUCUGACGUUGGUGGAAUGCGACUCGAGCAUGGCCAGCAUGAUAGACAUGGCCAAGGUGGCAGACUUGGCCAUUGUGAUGAUAGACUCGCGUAAAGGAAUAGAGUUGGACUCCUUCGAAUUUGUAAACCUAAUGCAGAAUCAUGGCAUGCCCAAGGUCAUCGGGGUUCUAACCCAUCUGGACCACUUUGCGGAGAAAGGAGAUCGUUUUGUGGACACCAAGAGUCUCCGAAAACUUAAGAAAAGACUCAAAAACCGAUUCUGGUCCGAACUCUACAAUGGCGCCAAGCUAUUUUACCUCUGUGGAAUUCGAAGUCGGAGAUAUCUACAACGAGAGACCCUCAACCUGGCAAGGUUCAUUGCUACGACCAAAUAUGAACCUAUAGUAUGGCGGUCGCAUCAUCCAUACAUGAUUGCACUCGGUAUGGAAAUAGAAGCACCUACUCAACAGGAGUUGGAAGAAAAUCGAAGAACCUGUUCCUUCACGGGAUAUCUCAAGGGAGCACCUGCCAGAGAGGGUUACAUAUACCAUGUACCGGGGUGUGGUGAUUUUUCACUAAAGAAGAUACUGACACCCGAAGAUCCUUGCCCGCUUCCGACGAACCGCCAGAUUGAUCUGAGGAAACAAGGCGAUGCUGCGCGACACGUCUAUGCUCCCAUGUGUGACAUAGGCUCACUAUCUGUUGAAGGAACUUCCAUAUACGUUACCUUGCAUGACAAGAAAAGUCGCAAACGAAAUCUGUCUGAUGACGACGACGACGACAUGUCGGAAUCCGAAAGUGAUGAGCACAGCGCCAGGGACGCUUCCGAUGGCUGGGAUACCGACGAUGAAGAAGACGGAAAAGAAGUGAAGGAAUCCGACUCAGAGCAGGACGAAGAUGAUGAUGGCAGCGUCGUGGAAGGGGGGUUGCCUCAAGGCUGGAACUGCGAAUUCGAAGAAGCCGUCUGGACUGACCGUCGAGAUACAGAGCAUGACGACUCCGCUAACGAACUCCUCACAGACGAGGAUGGGGACGACGAGGAUGGGGACGACGAGGGUGACCGACGUGCGAAAGGCAACGGUUCGGAGCGAAAUUCCGUUAUAGAACAAUUGAAGACCGCUAGCCAGAAUCUGCAGGACCUGGAUCCAAUCAAGGUUGACCAAGAGAACUGGUAUGCUAUGGUAUAUCAGAACGUUUACUGUCACCGCCCGGACUGGCAGAAGUUCAUGAGCAACCAUUCGGAGUCCAACGACUAUACGGUUGACCUGUUCUCAGGCAAGGCUGUAGACACCCUCGAAUGCUGGGAGUCCACCAAGGUAUCCGACGAGUACCGGUUUGCGACUCUGAAAACCCUCAGUAGUAUAUACGAGGAGGAGCGGGCAACUAAACAACUGGAAGGGACUCAGGACGAUCGGACGGAUACCGAGGAGGACAAAAUCGAAGGUGACAAUGAGACAUGCUCCGGCUCGGAUUCUGCUUCCGAUUCUGUCUCGGAUUCGGAAUCAACAGGUUCAGAGUCAACAGGUUCAGAGUCAACAGGUUCGGUGGUUGGUUAUGCGACACCGUUGGAAGGCUUUUGUGUAUCUCUGAUGGUGCUGAAGAGUCUGCGACAGGUGGCGUUUGCGACGGGUGGUUGGGACGCAGGUGUAAGUGAGGAGGAGCGUGUGUUAUUGCGCGAGGAGUCGGAGAAAGGUGCACUGGGUCCGGGAUGGGCGUUGGCUGCCGGUACAUUUGUGCGUAUGACGUUGAGUGAUGUGGAUAAUGCAUGGGUUGAAGAGUUGCGUGCGAACCCGCGUGCGAUAUUACUGGGUGGCAUUAAGAGCAGUGAGAAUGCGCUUACAUUCAUCCAUGCACGGGGUCGUCGACAUCGUUGGUCACCGGGUAUUCUUAAGUCUACGGAGCCGCUCUUAUUUUCGGCUGGUUGGCGUCGUUUCCAAUCUUUACCUUAUUUUGCGAUGGAGGAAAGGGAGAGUGUGCGAAACCGGUAUUUAAAGUACACUCCGGAGCAUCUACAUUGUCAAGUAUAUUUCCAUGGCUAUGCCGUGCCGCCGGGGACUGGUUUAGUAGCCAUAAAGUAUGCGCAACGUACCCUCAAAUCUUGGCGUAUUUCACUCACGGGUGUUGCUGUCGAAAACGUCGCCGUUCCUCGUGUUAUGAAGAAGCUGAAAUUCAUUGGCAACGUCCACGAAGUACUCAAGAACACCGCCUUCGUCAACGGCAUGUUCACCAGCGACCUUGAGGUAUCCCGGUGCAUCGGCGUACCAAUACAAACACAAUCUGGAAUACGUGGUAUGAUAAAGAAGCCGAAGGGCCAAGAUGGUACCUUCAGAGCCACCUUCGAGGCACCGGUCAACAAAAACGACGUCGUCAUAUGCAAGGCCUGGUAUCGGGUACCCAUGGAACCCUACUGCAACCCAAUGCUAGACCUCCCAACCUGGGACAAACUAAGAACGUUCGUCGAAGUCAGACGCGCCGAACAACUCGCCCCCACCCCGCAGAAACCCGAUAGCGUGUACAAACCCCUUGAGAUCAGAAAUGACCCUGAAGUCAAACCACUUAAGGUACCCAGACAACUACAGGACACCCUCCCGUUCGCAGAACUCAAGAAAACCCUAGUCGAGGAACAAGAUAAAACCAAGCCAGUUAAAUACACACCAUAUGAACACAUGGUCAACAAAUUACUCCAACAAGUCGUGGACCAAAAGAGACAGGUACUGCAGCAACAACGAGAUAAUCUCGACCAAAAAAAAUCAAGGUACGCUAAAGCAGAAGCCAAACGGGCUGCUGCAUCAGCGGCUAAAAUUAAGGCUACCAAAAAAUCCAAAUUCGCAUCACAGGGAAAGAAUCUUAAGUCUCAAAGGAAACGAAUGCGAAUGGACUAG